AUGGUCUUAGCGAAGAGUUCAUUUCUGAUCGUGAUAGUCGGUUCACGAUGCGAUGACGCACCUGCCCCUUGCCGCCGGCGGUGCCAAAGGCCAAAGGGAUUGAAGCAGGAGGAGCAGCCUGCUCGCGAGGUUCCGCGAGGCCGGCGCUUCAGCGCUGCUGACCAGAAAGCAAAGCAGCAGGAUGCGCCGGUACUCGAAGAAGCUCUGAAUUGCGCUGCGGAACGUGGAUUCAGGCUUCGUGGGGGCAAGUACGGAGGGAAUGUCAGAUACUAUUGCGAGCGCCACGGCCCUACAAAGGGUUGUUUCCAGAUCGACAAGGACCGUGCAGCAUGGGUUCAGGGGCGCGAGAAGACGGGAAGGAAGGCGAACCCUGCCUGUCCUGAACGCGAGCAGCAUCUGAAGGGGUCCGGAUCACCUGCUGCACGUCGGUCAGGGACAGCAACAGCAGAGUCCGUGUGCGCUGACCGCGGCGCCCGCCACAGCCCCCCCACAACCGCCCCCCCUGCGGCCGCCAGCGACUCUGAGUCGGACUGCGGUCUUGGCGCAGCCUGCCAUCAGCACGCUGCCAGUGACGAGGCGCAGCCCGGGCAGCCUCCCGUCCACCGCGCAGAGGGCCUGUGCGCGCUUUCAAGCGGGAGCGCCAGGUUUGGGGUUCAGCCCACUGUCAUGAAGAGCGUGCUGGUGAGGAGCGCAUUCCAAGGAUCUCCGACCUACGAGUGCGGGUCGGAGAAGGUCUUUUACUCCUCAGCACCAAAGAGCAGGGCGCUGAUAGCGACACAACUGAAAAUCGGGGGCGUGGAAAGCAACCCGGGGCCAACACAGGAUCCCGACGCCCCGAGCAGCUCGUCCGGACGGCCCCCGAUUCCGAUUACGACUGCGGAGGAGGUCCAGGAGAGCGUCAGGCCGAAGCCAAUCAGCACCGAGGCAUUUGAUGCGUGGCGAGCAAGCCGACCAAAUCCAAACUGGGUGGCAGAGGCGAUGGCACUCUACUCAAUACAAGCGGGUCAACCGCAGGGUCAAGAGCCGCCCAGUGAGCCAAGCGCCGCCGGGGAGGAGACGGGCCCCUCCUCCAGCAACCCGCAUUCUGCCAGCCAACCUCGCUCCGCUGCUGCAGAGCCGGCACCUACGGACCCGCGCCCCUCCUCCCACCCCCCGGAUCCUACUAGCCAACCUCGCUCCACCCCUACACAGCCAGCACCUACGGAGGUCGCACGUCGGAAGAGGACCGCCUCGAGCAGGGAGAGCUCCCCGGCGCCCACCGGUACUCGGAUGCGGACCGGAAGCCCGGACGAAGCGGAGGCUGCGGCGAUGUCUGACGAAGAGGCCGGCUCCGUCGACAUCGAAGAAACGUCAGACGAGACCGAGUCCGACGAAGAGCCCACAUCCGAGGAUGACCGGGGCGUCGACGACUCGGUGCUGCCGGACGCUGAAACACGGGAUUUGUACCGGCGGAUGGAGAUGGAGGAAGCGGAAGCUCGGUUCGCGGAGGACGAGACCCCGGACGAUGCGCUGGCGCCCAUGCGGAUGGAGAUGCAGUGGAGGCGGGCCCGGGAUGAAGCGCCACAGACCUCUGUAUUCUCAAUGGCGCACGAGGAUCUUGUGGCAGUGCCUGAGCCAGCGGUGCAUUCUGACCCGCUGACUGGCAACGAGGUCUUUAAGAAGGACGGGUUUCGGGUGCUGCGUGUGCGGGAGCACGAGACCAACUGCUUCCAUCAGACGGGGGCCAACCCAACGGGCCGCCUUCCCGGCCCAAAGUUCUUCAUGCAGCAGGAGGCGGCGCUCCUAAACCACGAGGCGCAGGUGGUCCUGCACAAGUGGUCCGGAAAGGUCGAGAAAUUGGUGAGGGUCCCGUGGCGCAGCUUCGCUUCGUACCCCGACUGGGAGACGGCGCGGUCGCAUCUCGAGGGGCGGCACGGGUCAGUGACGGAGAUCAUCCAGAACGGAAAACCCUGCAAGCCCUACCUUGACCUCGAUGGCAAGGACGGGCUCCCCUUCAAGCGCAAGCCGGUGACCGGGGCGGAUGGGGAGGUUGUGGAGGCUGGGGAGAGGUACGGGGGGGAGGAGGUGAUCAAGAUCGUGGAGGAGUGGGCCGUUACUGUGUUUAAGGAACAGUACGACCAUGAGCUGCAGCCGAGCAGCUUCGUCUGGAUCGAGAGCCCCUGCCAGACCAAGUUCAGCCUCCACCUCACGAUCAAUCAGCUGUCCCCCCGUCAGCUCGUCUUUGGCUCCAACACCGAGGGGGCUCUCCACUUUGCGAGGCGCCUCAAGAAGAGGUUGCUCCCGUGGCAUCCUGCGGUCGCGAAUCUCAUCGACCUGAACGUGUACACGAAGGACCGCGAGUGGCGGACGCUGGGGAGCGCCAAGAUCGAGAAGCCGGAGAGCGUCUUGUCGUGCAUCAAUCCGGCCCAUUCCUGGAAGGAUGCUCUGGUGACCUGGCUGGAGCCCCUCGAGGCUCGUGAGGAGGUCAAGCUGCCAUUCGAAGUACCCAAAAGGCUCCACGAGAGGUUCCAAAACCCUCGAGUGAUGUCUGAACGGGGCACGGAGCGCAGCUCACAGAACGACGAGUUUGUCAAGGCGCGCAUGCUGACGCUGCUCAGAGAGCGCUUGCACCCUAGCGCCUAUGAGGAGGGCCUCGAUCGCUACAACUACAGAGAUCGGGCAGAGCCGUGCUACACGGGUCGGAUCCACGAGAACCGUCAGAAUCUAACCUGCCACCUCAACCCAAACGGCAAGAUCUAUGCUCUUUGUUUCAGCCAAAAUACCGAGGGCGGGGACUCGGACGUUCCCUGUGUCAAAAGGGCGUUCUGCCUUGGGGACCUGUUCGAGGACAACAUCUCGUACGAGACUGGCGCGGUCAAGGUAGACAUGGAGCACCUGACGCGGGCCCCCGAUGCGUCGACCCCUGAGCUCGUGGCUGAAGUAGGGGCGGGUAUGAGGAUGCCGAGCGACCUGAUGAAGCUGAACACGGUCGCCAACGAGUAA